AUGAUUAUGUUUUCCCCCCCUACUUCUCAGGUGAAUGAGAUUUACCACGACGAGUCGCUGGGAGUCCACAUCAACGUGGUGCUGGUGAGGAUGAUCAUGCUGGGGUACGCCAAGUCCAUCAGCCUCAUUGAAAGAGGAAACCCAUCGCGGAGCCUGGAGAAUGUGUGCCGCUGGGCCUUUGUGCAGCAGAAAAGUGACCUUGAUCAUGCCGAGCACCACGACCACGCAAUUUUCCUCACUCGCCAAGGCUUCGGCCCCACGGGGAUGCAGGGUUAUGCUCCAGUCACAGGCAUGUGCCACCCAGUCCGGAGCUGCACCCUCAACCAUGAAGACGGCUUCUCCUCUGCCUUUGUUGUGGCUCACGAGACCGGACAUGUGCUGGGCAUGGAGCACGAUGGCCAAGGCAACCGCUGCGGAGACGAAACGUCGAUGGGAAGCGUGAUGGCUCCUCUGGUGCAGGCAGCCUUCCAUCGAUACCACUGGUCCAUGUGCAGCGGACAGGAGCUGAAAAGAUACAUCCACACGUACGACUGUCUCCUAGAUGACCCAUUCAAACACGACUGGCCGCAACUCCCUGAACUUCCCGGCAUCAACUACUCGAUGGAUGAGCAGUGUCGAUUUGACUUUGGAGUGGGCUAUAAGAUCUGCACCUCGUUCCGUACAUUUGACCCAUGUAAACAGCUGUGGUGCAGUCAUCCAGACAACCCGUACUUCUGCAAAACCAAGAAGGGUCCGCCUCUCGAUGGGACGGAGUGUGCUCCUGGAAAAUGGUGCUACAAAGGUCACUGCAUGUGGAAGAAUCCUAAUCAGAUCAAGCAAGAUGGCGCCUGGGGCUCCUGGAGCAAGUAUGGCUCCUGCUCCCGCUCUUGUGGUACUGGAGUUCGCUUCCGGACGCGUCAGUGCACCAGCCCAGCGCCCUCCAACGGCGGCCAGGACUGCCCAGGAGUGAACUUCGAGUAUCAGCUCUGCAACUCUGACGACUGCCCAAAGCACUUCGAGGAUUUCAGAGCUCAGCAGUGCCAGCUCCGCAACUCCCACUUUGAAUUCCAAAAUGCCAAACACCAUUGGCUGCCCUACGAACAUCCUGACACUAACAAGAGAUGCCACCUGUACUGCCAGUCAAAGGAGACAUCAGACGUGGCCUACAUGAAGCUGCUGGUGCAUGAUGGGACACGAUGCUCUUACAAAGACGCCUACAGCAUCUGCGUACGGGGAGAAUGUGUGAAUGUCGGCUGCGACAGAGAGAUUGGCUCCACCAAAGUUGAAGACAAAUGUGGUGUUUGUGGUGGGGACAACUCCCACUGCCGCACUGUGAAAGGAUCCUUCACCCGAACACCAAAGAAACCUGGUUACCUUAAGAUGUUUCUCAUUCCUCCUGGAGCUAGACAUGUGAUGAUCCAAGAACAUGAGGCCUCCCCUCAAAUUCUUGCAAUCAAGAACCAGGCAACGGGGCAUUACAUCCUCAACGGGAAAGGAGAGGAAGUCAAGUCCAGAAGCUUCAUUGACUUGGGCGUGGAGUGGCACUACAUCAUUGAGGACGAGGUGGAGACUCUGCACACUGACGGACCUCUUCACGACCCUGUGGUGGUUCUGAUUAUACCCAAAGAUAAUGAAACACGGUCUACUUUAAUGUACAAGUACAUCAUCCAUGAAGAUUCGGUGCCCAUCAACAACAACAACGUGAUCCAGGAGGAGACGUUUGAGUGGGCUCUGAAGAGCUGGUCUCCGUGUUCCAAGCCUUGUGCCGGAGGGUUUCAGUACACCAAGUAUGGAUGUCGAAAGAAAGGAGACACCAAAAUGGUCCAUCGGGGGUACUGCGACGCCAGCAAGAAGCCGAAACCGAUCCGCAGAAUGUGUAAUCUUCAGGACUGCACCCAGCCUCAAUGGAUCUCAGAGGAAUGGGAGCAUUGCACCAAAACCUGCGGCAGCCUGGGCUUCCAGAUCCGGACGGUCCGAUGUGUGCAGUUCCUCCACGAGGGCACCAACCGCUCCGUCCACAGCAAGUACUGCAGCGGGGUGAAGCCGGAGAGCCGGAGGCCCUGCAACAGGGUCUCCUGUCCGGCCCAGUGGAGGACCGGAGCCUGGUCAGAGUGCUCUGUGACCUGUGGGGAGGGGUUGGAGAGGCGUCUGGUCUCUUGCCGGAUCGGAGAUCAAUGUAACGGAGAAAGACCUGAAAAUGUGAGAACGUGCAGACCAGGACCCUGCCACGAUGAGCCAUGUAAUGGAGACAAAUCCAUCUUCUGCCAAAUGGAGGUCCUAGCACGCUACUGCUCUAUUCCAGGCUACAACAAACUGUGCUGCGACUCGUGCACCAGACGCGGUGGAGCUCUGUUCCCGGAAGCGGCUGAGAUGGAGGAUCAUGUCCGCUUCGGCUCAGCCUCCCAGCUGCUGGAGACAUUAACGGCCUCUGCAGCGGCCAACGGCACUCGGCGAGGAAAACAAGGACCAGGCAAGGGAUCCAGCGCCUCAGUCAAUGCUGUGAAACACGCCAUCACCCCUGCCCCACUUAAGAAAACCCUGUCGAAGAUCGCUACCACAGCACGGCGGGUACCACCACACAUGGCUCUAACUGGCAGGAAGCUGCCCGCUAUGGCACCAUCUCCCCUGGCUGAUUCCACACAGGGUCAAAGGUCGGGCAGCGUGACAGAUAGUGGGUGGCCUACAGCGUAUUCUGAAGUGGAGAGAUGAAAGAAACGCCCCUUUCCCGUCAGGACUUUCAAUAAUGUACUGCAGAUUAUCCAGCUUCAACCUGAGUCUUCUCACGCCAAAAACACCACAGAGAGAAACGCAGAGAAAGAAAGAAAAAGUGCUGGUUCACUUUGUUGUUAAGAAUUUCCAUUCCUCUAUGCCCCUCAUAUUGACUUUUAAUGUAUAAUCUUCCAGGUAGCUCCCAGAGUAUAUUAUUACUUAAAUUGAGUUUCUUUGAUUUCAUUCAUUUAAU